AUGGGUCGCUAUAACAAGGAGACCAUGAGCUUGGCGCAGCACGCAAUCUUCGCAGCCCUGGUGGCACUCUGGCUGGUUUGGCCGCCCGUCUUGGCCAAGCAACAUUCAAAGGGCAAAAAUGCCAGCCUACCGUCGAGGCCAUGUCCAGAGCCAUAUGUGAUGGAUGCAACAGGUAAACGGUGCAUCAUGACACACGCAAUGGAGCCGUUGAUGGUUUGCCCCAAUGGUGUACUUCGUGACGGACUGUGCUUGAUUUUGGCGCUUCCCGAUGCAACGUACUGUCCAGGAGGAUUCACAGAAUAUCGUGUUGACGGUGUGAAGGAAUGUGUCGCUACAAGAGCAGCUCGUAUGAGCAUGGUUUGCUGGGGCCCGCAUGAGAAGCUGGAAGGCGAUCUGUGCAUUGAGCGCAAAAUUUCACCGCUGAUAAUGGAAUGUUUACAAGGAAGCCUUAACCAAGACAAUCUCUGCGAGCAGAUUAUUGUCAAGCCCCCCAAGCCCGUCUGCAGUCCAGGCUUCCACGAAUCCGAUGGUCUCUGCAUACAACGGAGACAGACACCAUGUGAAGAGGACGUUGACACGGAAGCGGCAUCUUUCACUACGAAAUCGAGUUUAUCCGUCGGUACAAAGCAAGAAAAAGUCCCAAGAUUUCACUCAAAGGUAUCGACCAGCAACACACUUCUGCCUACCGACGGAUGGGCCACGCAUGAACUCGAAAAGAAAUCAAGUCGGUGGGAAAGGCUACGUCAACAUUUCGAUUCCAGAUUAGUCUUUCCUCAUGAGGCAGCGGCCCCGCAUCCGCGUGUAGCUGAACUCCCUAUAGGAACCCAAGACAAGCGUUCUGAUGCAGGAAUUGAAACGGCGUUUGACUUUGGUAUGGACCCAUCACCUUUAGCUACCUCCUACGGAGACUCUGAAAACCACUCCUCACAUCCAGGGAUUACCGAAGGUUCCGCCGAUGAUCCUUCACAAUAUUUCUUUCCUAGAGCUUUUCGUCGGCGCAGAUUAAGGAUUAUUGAACCUCGGGAUGAUUUGUACUUCCGAUCUGCGCAUGGCGGUUCCACCGACGAUAUGAGGCAGCCUAAAUCGUCCGGGAAUUCAGAAGCGGAGAGCUUUCCAGCAGAAAUACAGUCUCAAGAAGAACAGGCAACAUCCGGAAAAACAUCCGCGAGGGCUUAUUUUGGAAUGCCACUCAUAAACUCUGUGGGGCGCCCUUAUGUUGGUCCCACCACCAUUAUGGACCCCAUGAAUCAGAAGCUGCUUCACCCGCUGGCCCUCCAAAGUGGCCUCGGAAUGAAGCCUUCUAAGCUCCAUACAGUUUGGCAUGACAAUCGCUUUGACAGCCAAAUUGGAAGCCAGAGAGGACCGUUCGCUCGCCAACAAUACAAUACCGCUAACGCGCAUGCGGGAAAUUCCCGAGGGCCACGGCGUUUGCAGCAGCAGAGAUCGGCCUUGCAAAAGUUGUCUUCCUCCCUAAGUAAGCGAAGUGCCAAUGCAUCUGCGACAGAUGCCGUUGCUGCUCAGCGGUUGAACUCUACCGCAGCUCUACCUCAGGAAAGGACCACAGUGCUGGUGGAACAUAAUUUACGUGGCGACCCAAAUGGCACGACAGUCAAAACUCUCACUGCGAACUUCGAAGGGGGGAAAGCCAAGUUACUGCACGACAGCCAUAACUUAUUGGCGAAUAAGACCCAGCAGGACAUCGUAUUUGGCGCGAACCCUCCGACGGUGGCACGGACAUUCAAUGAAGCCCACGCACAGACAGGCAGAAUGCUGCGAGGCCGACGCAAUAGACGCCUUGAGGGACUAGACUACAUACCAGGUUGUUGGGAAGAGGAAAUCCAAGCACCUGUUGAAUGGACAUGCGACCCUCCUUUCUCGCUAGAUAUGGAGCAGUUUGCCUGCAUCCGGGUUGAGCUGAGGCGUCCCGAUAUAAUCUGCGACGGGAAGCCGGAGGGGCACUUGUGCAUUCACGAGGUGCAAAAGCCUCCCCAGUGGUAUUGUCCACUCGAUCCAUCACCGCCACGCAAAACAGCGAGUGAUAAAGAUGCAGCACUGACACACAAAAAGGAGAAGAGUGGAGAGGGAACCACACCUGCAUCUGGCGGAGAACCAAAGGAUUCAAAUAAAGAGGAACGAGCUAAGAAAGAACCAGGAUCCCCUGAUGGAAACAAGAGGAAGAAAAGCACAGAAGCAUCAGGCGAAACGAUAAAACCGUCUAGGGCGAACAACGAACGAAACGAAGGCGAAAAGAAUGCGGCGACACAGCGAACAGAGGGAACGGAAAGCCGCAAAAGGACAGAAAAACCAGAGUCCCCCGCUGACUCGCCCGAACAGAACACCAAUGCAAAAUCUCGGUCCCGUCGACGCAAUAACAGCUCAAACGCACAAAACGACAGGACCGAGCAAGCACGCGAGGGCACUAGUGAUCCAACGAAUGACGAACCGGUAAACACCGGCCAAAGAAACAGGAAACGUCAGCCGAACACAGCUCCUCAACGAGCCAAUGCAGAGAGAGACACCUCAGAAAACCGCGACGUCACAGACGGCAACACCUCGCGUAGACAGCAGCGCCGCAGCCGCCCAGUUAAACCCAGCGAAUCCGCAGACGCGCAGAACUCUCGAGAAGCCAGGGAAGUGUCUAGAGAUGGCGAGGAAGGCUCUCGCCAGCGGCAACCUCAAGGACGCAGACCACGUCCAGGUGCUGGAGAAUCUGCAUCUGAUGAGCAGGAGAGGACUGGGAACGUGACACGUCACACUGACACGAAUGAAGACAGGAGCUCGGCAAGCAGUUCAAGACGGCCUCAGCAGCAGACCCAGCGUGCUCGAGAAUCCGGACGUGCAUCCCAGGGUGGUGGAGGGGACGAUGAAGAAAGGGAAAGCUCUGGAGGCAGAGCAAAUCGAGCAG